GUAGCUUUCGGUUUUAUUUUUCCAAGCCAGCUUGUAUAGCCAUAAGUGGAAUAUCUUGUCCCAUCUGGAGAUGCUGAUGAAUUCAGUCGUCUGGCAUUAAGCUCGGAGCGUAGGAGGGAUCCGGAUAGGGACUCUUUUUCAUAGCGGAGGCUUCCGCCGUUUGGGGACGCUUCACGCCAGGGGGAGGUGCUGUGCGUCCAAGAUGGCGGCGCCCUGUAGGCUGGAGGGACUGUGAGUGACGAUGAAAGACACCAGGCUGACAGCACUGGAAACUGAUGUACCAACUGUCCCCAGAGCAGUCUGGUAGUGGCCCUAAUGAAGAGCUGUUCAAGCCUUUAGCACAUGCCCUGGAGCCCGCACAGUGUAGUUGAGUGAGAGAAUGGCCCAGCUAGCCAACAUUGGGGAGCUACUCUCCAUGCUGGACUCUCCCACACUGGGUGUACGGGAUGACGUGACAACCAUCUUCAAGGAAUCCCUCAGUUCUGAACGUGGGCCUAUGCUUGUAAACACCUUGGUGGAUUAUUACCUGGAAACCAAUUCUCAGCCUGUAUUGCACAUCCUGACCACCUUGCAAGAGCCACAUGAUAAGCACCUCUUGGACAAAAUUAAUGAGUAUGUAGGCAAAGCUGCCACUCGUUUAUCCAUCCUCUUGUUGCUGGGGCAUGUCGUCAGACUACAGCCAUCUUGGAAGCAUAAGCUCUCUCAAGCACCUCUUCUGCCUUCUUUACUGAAAUGUCUCAAGAUGGACACUGAUGUUGUGGUCCUCACAACUGGUGUCUUGGUGUUGAUCACCAUGCUACCGAUGAUCCCGCAGUCAGGGAAGCAGCAUCUUCUUGAUUUUUUUGACAUCUUUGGCCGUCUCUCAUCAUGGUGCCUGAAGAAACCAGGCCAUGUGACAGAAGUCUACCUUGUCCAUCUCCAUGCCAGUGUUUAUGCCCUCUUUCAUCGCCUUUAUGGAAUGUACCCUUGUAACUUCGUCUCCUUCCUGCGCUCUCACUAUAGUAUGAAGGAAAACGUGGAGACUUUUGAAGAAGUUGUCAAGCCAAUGAUGGAGCAUGUGCGAAUUCAUCCGGAAUUAGUGACUGGAUCCAAGGACCAUGAACUGGACCCUCGAAGUCCACUGGCACUGGAGCUUCUGCCUGAUUCUCCUGUCUAUAGCUGCCAUCUUGCUGUAGGACUGCGGGGAUUACAGUGGAAGACAUUAGAAACUCACGAUGUUGUAAUAGAGUGUGCCAAAAUCUCUCUGGACCCUACAGAAGCCUCGUAUGAAGAUGGCUAUUCUGUGUCUCACCAGCUCUCUGUCUGCUUCUCUCACCGUUCAGCUGAUGUCACCGCCAGCCCUUAUGUGGACAUACAGAAUAGCUAUGGGGGCGCUACUUCCACCCCUUCCUCCACCUCUCGGCUGAUGUUGUUCAGUCCAGCUGGGCAGCUACCUCAGAGUCUGAGUUCCCCAUCAACAAGGCUGUUACCUGAGCCGCUGCAAGCUACUCUCUGGAGCCCAUCUGUGGUCUGUGGGAUGACCACUCCUCCUACGUCUCCUGGAAAUGUCCCACCUGAUUUGUCACACCCCUACAGUAAAGCCUUUGGUACCACUGGUGGAAAAGGAACUCCUUUGGGAACCCCAGCAACCUCUCCUCCACCAGCCCCACCCUGUCCUCCAGACGACUGUAUGCAUGGGCCAGCCUCGCAAGCCACAACCACACACCCCCGGAAGGAAGAAAGAACAGAUUCCUCAAGGCCUUCCCUGCAGAGACAGCAGUAUCUCCUGAAUGACCGAGGACUAGAGGACCCACCUGCAAGCAAAGGUUCCGUUACUCUGGGGAAUCUGUCAGAAUUCCUAGGUGACUUGGCUUCUGAGGAAGACAGUAUUGAGAAAGAUAAGGAAGAAGCUGCGAUAUCUAAAGAGCUUUCUGAGAUCACCACUGCAGAGGCGGAUCCUGUAGUUCCUCGAGGGGGCUUUGACUCUCCCUUCUACCGAGACAGUCUCUCUGGUUCUCAGCGGAAGACUCAUUCGACAGCCUCUGGGACUCAGGGCUCCAGCAUGAACCCUGAGCCUUUGCACUCCUCCCUGGACAAGCAUGGGCCUGACACACCAAAGCAAGCCUUUACCCCUAUAGACCCACCCUCUGGCAGCGCUGAUGCCAGCCCCGCUGGGGACAGGGAUCGCCAGACUUCUCUGGAAACCAGUAUCCUCACUCCUAGCCCUUGCAAAAUUCCACCUCAGAGGGGAGUGAGCUUUGGAAGUGGGCAGCCUCCCCCUUAUGAUCAUCUCUUUGAGGUGGCCUUGCCAAAGACUGCCUGUCACUUUGUCAGCAAGAAGACUGAGGAGCUGUUGAAGAAAGUGAAAGGAAACUCUGAGGAAGACUGUGUGCCCUCUACCUCCCCAAUGGAAGUACUGGACAGACUGAUAGAGCAGGGAGCAGACGCGCACAGCAAGGAGCUGAGCAAGUUGUCCUUACCCAGCAAAUCUGUUGACUGGACCCACUUUGGAGGCUCUCCUCCCUCAGAUGAGAUCCGCACUCUCCGAGACCAGUUGCUUCUCCUGCACAAUCAGCUGCUGUAUGAGAGGUUCAAGCGGCAGCAGCAUGCCCUCAGGAACAGAAGGCUCCUGCGCAAGGUGAUCAGAGCAGCGGCCCUGGAGGAGCACAACGCCGCAAUGAAAGAUCAGUUGAAGUUACAAGAGAAAGACAUCCAGUUGUGGAAGGUGAGUCUGCAGAAAGAACAAGCCCGAUACAGUCAGCUUCAAGAACAGCAUGACACCAUGGUGACCCAGCUGCACAGCCAGAUCAGGCAGCUGCAGCAUGACCGGGAAGAAUUCUACAACCAGAGCCAGGAGUUACAGACAAAGCUGGAGGACUGCAGGAACAUGAUUGCAGAGCUUCGGGUAGAGCUGAAGAAGGCCAACAACAAGGUGUGCCACACUGAGCUGCUGCUGAGCCAGGUUUCUCAGAAGCUCUCCAAUAGUGAGUCGGUGCAGCAGCAGAUGGAGUUCUUGAAUAGGCAGCUCCUGGUGCUCGGGGAGGUCAAUGAGCUGUACUUGGAGCAGCUGCAGAGCAAGCAUCCUGACACCACCAAGGAAGUAGAAAUGAUGAAAACUGCUUAUCGGAAAGAACUAGAAAAGAACAGAAGCCACCUUCUCCAGCAGAACCAGAGGCUGGAUGCCUCACAGAGGCGAGUGUUGGAACUGGAAUCUCUUCUAGCCAAGAAAGACCACCUUCUCCUAGAACAGAAGAAAUACCUUGAGGAUGUCAAGAGCCAGGCGAGUGGACAGCUGCUGGCCGCAGAGAGCAGGUAUGAGGCUCAGAGAAAGAUCACCCGGGUGUUGGAACUGGAGAUCCUAGACUUGUACGGCAGGUUGGAGAAAGAUGGCCGCCUACGGAAACUAGAAGAGGACAAAGCAGAAGCAGCAGAAGCAGCGGACGAGAGGCUUGACUGUUGUAGUGAUGGCUGCCCAGGUUCCUUGGUAGGGCAUAAUGAAGAGGCUUCUGGCCACAACGGUGAGACCAGGACCUCCAGGCCUAGUGGCACCCGGGCCAGCUGUGGAGGCAGAAGCACUGGAGGCAGCAGCAGCAGCAGCAGUGAGCUUUCCACUCCAGAGAAACCCCCGAGCCAGAGGUUCAGCAGCCGGUGGGAAACCGCUGUGGGUGAGCCCUCCAGCAGCAUCCCCACGACUGUUGGCUCACUUCCCAGUUCCAAAAGCUUCUUGGGCAUGAAGGCCCGGGAGCUGUUCCGUAAUAAGAGUGAGAGCCAGUGUGAUGAAGACGGUGUGACCAACAGUAGCCUUUCUGAGACCCUAAAGACGGAACUGGGCAAAGACUCAGGUGUGGAAAGCAAGAGUCCUUUGAAUCUAGAUGCCUCACAUCCAUCUUCCCCAAACUCGGACAGUGUGGGGCAGCUCCACAUCAUGGACUACAAUGAGACUCACCACGAGCACAGCUGAGGGGGUCUGUCAGUGUUAAUUUGCGUCUUUGUCAACACAGAACAGGAGGUGUGAAUGCACGUUCUAGGCUUUUCUGUUUCCAGGGUCUGAGCGGCUGCUUGUGCAGUGGGAAUGGGAUAGAGGUCCUUUUGACAGCAGGCAGAAUAUGGGAUGAUGGUUUUUGGGUCUGGCAUUGAGAUGCUUUCCUUCACCCCACCCCAGCCUCUUUCAUUUACCUAGCAGUAUGUACUAAUUGAGGGCCUGUGUGUGUCCCUUGUGGCUUUAUUUUCUUCCUUCCUUCCACCAAAUGGCUCUGUCCUUUGAACCUGUGCAAUAUGAGGCCAAAUUUCAUCUUUGGGUCCAACACACCACUCUGCUUCCUGAGGUGCAGAUAGAUGGGUGGCUCUUGGGUAGACCAGGUAGUUAGUGGCACUGCAGGUAAGUCCAGUUUUGUCCCUUCCAGGAGGGUGUAGAAAGUUGACUGUCUUUACAGGAGCGUUUUCACUUCUUUUUGGUUCUGAAGUUCAGCAUCUAAAACCACAGAUCUAGAGAAAUGGGUUCAUUCACCUCUGCCUUCUUUUGGCAGCUCUGAUACGCUUCCUAGAAGGUCUGUGAGCAUACCAGUUGUUUUGAUAGUGUAGUUGGUGCUGUGGAGGCCAUACUGCCUUACUCUCUGGAAAGCUCUUAUCCCUCCCCCACUACCUCUUAUUUAUUUGGUAUUUGCUUGAAUGCUGGCACCAUGCUGCCUGUGGGUGUGUGUAGGUGGUCGUCCUGUAAUCUGCAGACUGCAGGGAGUAGGCACUGGGAGGGGCACCCAGGAUGCCCAUACACGUGUGGAACCAUGUCUCUGGCUGGCCCCGUCCAACUGAGCCACGGUUCCAUCCUUCAUUCUGUUUGCCUCUCCUUGUCCAUGUGCUCAUUACCAGCUGCUUGGUGAUUCUGCAGCAGACGGGCUUGGAAGAGUCAGAAUUUCCUUAGAGUUUAUGUGACGAUUGUUCUCGGGCUGGGGAUGCCUCCCCAUAGUAGGUUCUAGCAGCUUUUUACACCAAUUCUGACUUUGCAGGAGAGACUUCCCCUGGAGCUUCAUGUCAAACACUUCUGUUAGGAACAGCAGAGCAACUCAGAGUCUGGGAGGGUUGAUGGAGGCUGGUGGCCUGUACCACUGCCUGCCCUCAUGCUCACAAGAGGUGACAUUGAUCAGAACAUGGUGGUGGCAGAGAGCCCAAACUCGACCAAUGCUCCUGAAAUAAAUGCUGGAAGUAUAA